UCUCCGCUCCUCUUUUUUUAAGUGAGAUUCACGUAACGCUGGCUAAGGAUAGGGACUGCUGAUGGUUUGCCUUUGAUUUUUACGCUAUGAAAUGCGCCGUUAUAUCAGAAACGGAAAACAUAAGCUGGGUUUUAUUCAUCACACACACCUGAGAUCUUGUAACUUUUUUUUUGUAAUGUUUAUGUUAUUUUAAGCUUUGAUUAUACAUACGUAAGGAUUUUUUUUUUUUUUACAAAGCAGUAUAGGACAGAGGCAAGUUUCAAUACCUGUGCGGCAGAUCGGAUGCGAUUUACGUAGUAAUUUACGAAGUUUCUCAAACUUGUGUGAAGGAGUUUGCAACUUUGUGGAACAAUGCAUAAAUCAAGGAUAAAGUCGGCUGUGCUGAUAUCCUUGCUGAUGUUAGCGGCUUUGUUGGUUCCGAGUCUGAAAUGCGCAGCUGCCGACGCGGACCUGUCCCAGCCGGCAGAGGCUGACGGCUUCGCCGAGGCUCAGAGCAGAGACCUGCCCACGUCAGAAGGUAACUUCCUGGAGUUCCUGGAACCGGUCAACAACAUCACAACGCUCCAGGGACAAACGGCUACCCUGCACUGCAAGGUGCUGGGCAACCCCAAGCCCAACAUCAAGUGGCUGAAGAACGACGCGCCCGUGGUCCAGGAACAGGGCCGCAUCUCCAUCCGCAAGACCGAGUCGGGCUCUAAGCUGCGCAUCCAGGACCUAGACACCACCGACACGGGAUACUACCAGUGUGUGGCCUCCAACAGCGUCAAGGUUAUCUCUGCCACAGGGGUACUCUACGUCCGCCUUGGUCAAUCGCCAACACAUGGACCAGAUGACCCGACCCAAGAGAAAGGCUUCUGCCAGCCGUACCGGGGCAUCGCCUGCGCUCGCGUCAUCGGGAACCGCAGCAUCUACGUGGAAUCGCUGCAGAUGCAGGGAGAGAGCGAGAACCGCAUCACAGCCGCGCUGACCAUGAUCGGCACAUCCACGCACCUGACAGACCAGUGCUCCCAGUUUGCCAUCCCGUCUUUCUGCCACUACGUGUUCCCGCUGUGCGACGAGGGUGCCAGGGGGGCGCGCCAGCGGCAGCUCUGCCGGGACGAGUGCGAGGCGCUGGAGAGUGACCUCUGCCACGCCGAGUACGACAUCGCCCGCAGGAACCCACUUAUUCUCAUGCAGCUGGACCUGCCCAAAUGUCACCUACUGCCCCACCCCAGCUCGCCCGACGCCGCCAACUGCAUGCGCAUCGGCGUGCCCAGUGACAAACUUGUGGCAUAUUCUCCCACAGGUCACAACUGCUACAACGGCAGCGGCGCUGACUACCGGGGCACCGUCAGCGUCACCAAGUCAGGCUAUCCGUGUCAGGCCUGGAGCGAGCAAAACCCCCACAUCCACCGCUUCUCAUCCGUCGAGUUCCCGGAGCUGAGGGGGAGUCACAACUACUGCCGCAACCCCGGGGGCCAGAUGGAGGGGCCCUGGUGCUUCACACUGGACAAGAACGUGCGGGUGGACCUGUGCGAUGUGCGACUGUGCAUGCCCCCCGAGAACCUGAAGAAGGAGAUCCUGUACAUCCUCAUCCCCAGCAUCGCCAUCCCCCUGGUCAUCGCCUGCCUCUUCUUCCUGGUAUGCAUGUGCCGGAACAAGCAGAAGGAAUCGUCGGACGCGCCCCCCUGCCGACAGCUCACGGCCUCGCCCAGCCAGGACAUGGAGUUGCCCCUCCUCAACCAACACAAGCACCAGGCCAAGCUGCGAGAGAUCAACCUGUCGGCUGUACGUUUCAUGGAGGAGUUGGGAGAGGACCGCUUUGGGAAGGUCUACAAAGGUCAUCUGUACAGUACAGCACCUGGUGAACAGACACAGGUGGUCGCAAUCAAAACGGUGAAGGACAAGGAUGAGGGAACAUUACGGGAAGAGUUCCGGCACGAAGCCAUGCUCAGGUCACGCCUCCAGCACCCCAACCUAGUGUGCUUGCUGGGCGUGGUCACCAAGGAGCAGCCAAUCAGUAUGGUCUUCAGUUACUCUGGCCAUGGAGACCUCCACGAAUUCUUAGUCAUACGGUCGCCUCACUCAGAUGUGGGCAGCUCGGAUGACGACAAGACGGUGAGGUCCACGUUGGAGCAGGCAGACUUCCUGCACAUCGUGACCCAGGUGGCGGCCGGAAUGGAGUACCUGUCAAGCCACCACGUGGUCCAUAAAGACCUGGCCACUCGUAACAUUCUGGUCUGCGACAAGCUCAACGUCAAGAUCCUUGACCUGGGCCUUUUCCGGGAAGUCUAUUCCGCAGACUACUACAAACUGAUGGGAAACAACCCAUUCCCCAUCCGAUGGAUGUCUCCGGAGGCCAUCAUGUAUGGGAAGUUCUCCACAGAUUCAGACAUCUGGUCCUAUGGCGUGGUGCUCUGGGAGAUCUUCAGCUAUGGGCUGCAGCCCUACUGCGGCUACUCCAACCAGGAAGUCAUCGAAAUGGUGCGUAACCGGCAGGUACUCUCUUGCCCGGACGACUGCCCCGCCUGGAUCUACACCCUCAUGCUCGAGUGCUGGAACGAGUUCCCCGCCCGGAGGCCCCGCUUCAAGGACAUUCACGCUAGACUGAGGGCCUGGGAGAGCCUGUCCAACUACAACAGCUCUGCUCAGACCUCUGGAACCAGCAACACCACGCAGACAAGCUCGCUCAGCACCAGUCCCGUCAGCAACAUCAGCACCACCCGGUACGUCAGCCCCAAGCCCAAGGCCUCACCCUUCCCUCAGCCUCAGUUCAUGCCCAUGAAAAGCCAGAUGAGGCCCAUGGUGCCCCCUCAACUCUACAUUCCCGUCAAUGGCUACCAGCCCAUGCCAGCCUACCCCUACCUGCAGAACUUCUACCCCGUCCAGAUUCCCAUGCAGAUGCCGCCCCAGCAGAUGCACCCCCAGAUGGUGCCGAAGGCCGGCUCACAUCACAGCGGCAGCGGCUCCACCAGCACCGGCUAUGUCACCACCGCACCCUCCAAUACGUCGGGCACGGAUCGGGCCGCACUGUUGACGGAGGACGCCAAGACCAACGAGGACGAAGCACCAGACGGCACAUCGCAGACCGGCCUGCACUGUGAGGACGUGUCCGUCCCUGAGACCGAGCUGCUGGGGGACAACGACACUCCUCUGACAGAUGACCUCGAGCUGCACUCCGAGGCAUAGGUGGGGGGCGGGGAGGGGGGCGUGCUACAGACUCGAACCGCAACGGGCAAAGAUGGCUGUCGAAGCAAGGCGUUUGUUGACGAACUGUAGGGCGAUUUCAAAAAGUGAAGGGAAUGCAUCGUAAAACAAAAAAGAGCAAUAUUUAUAAGUUGAUUUACUGUCACUGAUGUGGCGUGUGAGGUUUUACCUCUGUGACUUGGCAUGUUGGCUUUGGGAAGUCCUGCAAGCUUCUCGCCAUAGAACUGUGAUGAAGAAUCAAUGUCUUCCUAGUAUGUUGGUUGUGUGUGACGUGCAAGGGUGGGUGGAGUAGUGAGGUCUGUCAGAACUGUUGCAAAGCCUUUCAGAAGAAUUCUAUUUCUUACUGUUGCUGUGCAACAUACAAAGCGAAACAUUUUAGGUUCUUGAAGUCGCCUUUUUUCCAUGUCACUAAGUUUCUUUGUAUGUGUACAGUUUAGCACAUUGUCUUUUGUUCGGGGGGGGGGGAUUCACAGCUGUUUUCUGUACGAGGCAUUCAUGUAAACAAAAGCCAGGCCACGGAGUACUUCAGCUCCUUGGCACAGGCCAAUAAACUCAGUGGUGGCUUCUGCCUUGGAGAAUGGGCUGUAGGCGACCGGAAAGAGGAGAUUCAGCUGCUUCAUUUAGCAAAAAAAAAGUACCAUGGGAAAAGGCAUUCUUACUGGUCGAAGGAGGGCAGGUAUUUCGAUCGGAAUUUCUGUCAAACUGUUCUGAUUGUUUGAUUCUUUGGUCUCCAUGUGGAUAAACCAAAAGCAGGACAGAAAGCUGAACCGCCACGAGAGAACGGCGGAUGUUUCGUGACGCUUCAUAGAAUGGGCCUGGUCAGUGCUUGUUGUUACCUGGUUUUAUCUUUUUUUUUGUAGAUUUUUGCCUUUUUAAAAAAAAAAAAAACAAAAAAAAACACCUUUGGGACCUUGUACAGAUCUAUAAGUUAUGUUUUAAAAUGUCUCUCCCGAAGUACACAUCUUUUUAAAGCAGCUUAUCCAUUGUCUUUUGUGUUCUUGGCAUGAAUUCUUACGCCAGGUAUAAUCUCUGUCCUAGUAAACAGAUACUUGCUUUUAUGAAAGACAUUUUUUUAAACUCACAAAGUGGUCUUUUUUUGUUAAAAAAAAAAAAUACAAAAAUACUAAGAUUUUGCCUUGUAUUGUGUAAAUCCUGCCACUUGGGAUGUCCAAUAAAAAUGAUACAUUUAUCAUUAAAAUCAUCAA